ACAGGCCGGAUGCUCGGUCUCAGGCCGGCCUGGAAGUGACGUCAGUCCGGGGCGGCCCGAGCUGUGUGUUGUGUGCGGGUGUGGGAUCUGCUCGGGGAAUCCCAUUGAAGAAGAGGACGCCCGGUGUAGCAGUAAAUUCUGUAUGCCAGGGGAGAGGCAGCCAUGUCUAUGGAGGAUCCGUUCUUCGUGGUGAAGGGGGAGGUCCAGAAAGCAGUGAACACAGCACAGGGUCUGUUUCAGCGAUGGACAGAUCUUCUUCAGGAUCCUUCUAUUGCUACCCGGGAGGAGCUGGACUGGACUACUAAUGAACUACGUAACAACCUGAGGAGCGUUGAGUGGGACCUUGAGGACCUCGAUGAGACAAUUAGUAUUGUUGAAUCCAAUCCUCGUAAGUUCAGUCUGGAUCCAGCAGAGAUGAAGCAGAGAAAAGCUUUUAUCGGCGAAACCCGGCAGUGUGUCAAGGAAAUGAAGGAUCAGAUGACCAGUCCAUCUGUUCAGGCCUUAGCUGAAAAGAAAAACCGGCAGGCACUUUUAGGUGAAGGGACAAGACGGGGCUGGAACAGUGAGCCAGACAAGUACAAAGGACUGGACCAGGAGAUCCAGUCGGCAAACUCACAAUUUCUAGACGGGCAGGCCUCACAGCAACAGAUGAUCAUGGAGCAGCAGGACGAGGAAUUGGGGCUGGUAUCUCAGAGUAUCGGAGUGCUGAAGAAUAUGUCACAACGCAUUGGAAAUGAGCUGGAUGAACAAGCUGUGAUGCUUGAUGACUUUUCACAUGAAUUGGACACAACACAAUCUCGAAUGGACAAUGUUUUAAAGAAGCUGGCAAAGGUGUCUCAUAUGACUAGUGAUCGCCGCCAGUGGUGCGCCAUCGUUGUGCUCCUUGCUCUGCUGCUCGUGGUGCUGAUCCUUUUCUUUGCACUGUGACUUACAAGCUUACUCCUUCCAUGGAAUUCCAACAAUACAUUUUACAGUAUCACAACAAACUAAGGUGUAUUAAUGUGUGAAUUGGCAUUGCCGUGACAAAAGGGCAUUUGUGAUUUUUGGCAAUCAAGUGACUACAAGCCGCAGCACCAUCUUCAGGAGGUGCAGGACUAUGGCGUCCCCUAUUUUUCAGAAACUUGCUACAACACGCAGAGAGCCCGACAAUUUUUCUGCUUUUGUCCUAAGCAGUUUACACACUGGAUUACUGCUGUCUGUAUUCUGUGUUCCUGCCUCAUCUUCCUUUCCAAAGGAAACACGCCUGAGCUUGCCUGUCUGCCGGAACAUAAGCAAAGGAGAAACCUUGGGCCUGUGGCUCCGGGGUGUACUGUUUUGAAAAGGGGAGAUUUAAACCACAUGUGACGUGACGUUACUGCAGAGCUGCUUGGCUAGGAACCAUUAGCAUCUGGAAUAAAUUACAGGCCUGCUUCAGCUUCCGGCAGAAUGGAACUUGGACGUGGCCACAAGAUCUGUUUAACGCUAGUACCAUUGCGGUUCAGGGCUUUAUUUUUGUAAGACCGUGUGCUACGUUAUAUAACAAUGCCUGCAUUGAUUCUGCCAUUACACAUCUGUGGCCAGAGGUCCUCAUCUGCUCAACAAGAUGCCUUUCUGAGAGCGGGGGAUGCAGAAACAAAGGCCCUGUCUACAGUACGGGAACAUGGAUACCAUGACAUUAGAAAUCCAGGAGAUUUGAUCAUGAAGAUUGAAUUAGUAUGACAAGGAUGCUUCACAUCUGGAAUGAUCUAGCCGGAUAGGGAGUGCCGUUGAGUGAGAUUACGGUUUAUACAACUGUAUUAUUAAGAUUUGAUGAUAGGACUGAAUCUGUGUGCACUCUACUGAUUUUAUUUUUAUAUCCGUUUUAUUGAUAGGCAGGCUGUGUUGUCUUACAAUUGCUAAUGCCACUUUACACCCCUCCCCCCCACCUCAAGCUUUUGUCCGUUGCCUGCCUCGUAGCGUCUUUACUGAAUGUGUUUUUGUCCCUGUCUGUUUGUACCAUAUGUGUUGUAAUUAACCACAUUCUGUCGAACCAAACACUACAUCUAUUCCAAACUCUGGGAACUGUCAUGGAAAGUUGGCAGCAUCCGUUAUGUAAAUCUGUUUUUGAGCCGUUGGACACGGCCGGCUGUUGUGAAUGAAUCGUCACCUGAGACUUUAUUGGCUGACAUCCAUCACGCUAUUUAUUUAACGAAAUAGUGCUAGUUCUGACAAAUCCCCAGACUUCAGGAGGAACUUUUAUUGCUUGGUGCUAGAUAUGAAGGAUAUUUUGAUGACUUUGUAGAUUUAUUUAAGGUAAAAUUGAAUAUCUUAAGAAGUAUGGCUGUUUGAGCUGUGGGAAAAUGAUCUGUCAGUUGAGAGAGGGUUCAAGAGCUGACCUUUGUCACAAUAAUCACCACGGCUACAAUUAGUCUUUACUUGGACACGUCUCCAUUAAAGCCCCAUUUGUUGUUUUUUUGUUAUGCCUUAUGUCCCAUUGGGAACAUUUACCCUUAUUUCCUGUCCCAGACACGGAUAAGGCCUCCUGCCAGAGAUCGGUGCUGUCAAUCAGACCUCAUUAGGUAUUUGUCUACUUGAGAGCAGUGUGCUCAGACAGCAGUGGGAGAGGAGGGGGCGCUAUCAAUCGUGUGAGAUCAUCAACCGAACCAAAUGAUCCAUGCACAUGGUCCCUUUUUAAAAUGUGGUGAUGGUUCAAGUUCAUCUCCAUGCAAACAACAUACACAGAUUACGUGUAUGU